ACCACAAAUCCUGUGCUCACUGUGGCAGAAUUGCAGUGCACUGGACGGUACAGAGCAGGGUACCAUCCAAGGCUUGUUGUCUGUGAGGGGUGGGGUUCGGCUACACUGAUACCACCAAAAAUCAGAAGCUCACAGAGGAAGACACAGAGAGGCGGAAAAAAGACAGGAGGAAAAAAAGAGAGCGUGAGAGAGAGAGAGAGAGAGAAGAGGGGGGAAGAUUGCACCUGAAGAGGAAUAUCAUACGGGAUGAAAGGAGACACCCCAGUGAACAGCACCAUGAGUGUCGGCCAAGCCAGGAAGCUGGUGGAACAGCUGAAGAUCGAGGCCAGUUUCUGCAGGAUAAAGGUGUCGAAGGCAGCGGCCGACCUGAUGGCGUACUGCGACGCGCACGCCUGCGACGACCCUCUGAUCACCCCCGUGCCCACCUCAGAAAACCCGUUCAGGGAGAAGAAGUUCUUCUGCGCUCUGCUUUGAGGCAAAUCAGGGAUUGUUGUUUAUUUAAAAGUACAACUGUACAGUAUGUACAUGUUUGUACAGUGUGUACAUGUACUUCCAACUCCAACAAGAUGUGGGUGUACUAUAGUAACCUCGCAGAAAUCAAAGCUGCCGAUGUACAGUGGAGAAUCAGCUAGGAAAUGUCUUGAUCGAAAAUUUCUGAAACUGCCAAAUUUUCUAAAAGGAAAUUAGUAUUGGAGACAAAAUUCAAAAACCCCAAUUGAAGAUGCUAAAACUUGUAAAAGAAAACAACAAAAAAAGCCAUCCUCUGAUUUGAAUCCCGCACAUCUCAUGCUCUUAGAAACUACAAGUAACUGCCAAAACAGACAUUAUACUAAUCAUCAGAUUUUAUUUUCAAAUACUUAUGGACAGCUUCAACAAGGAUAUGACACUUCUACAGUCAGUUUAUAGCUGGCAGUGGUGCUGUAGUUUCAGAUUUGGAAAAUUGGAGCUAGACACAUUUUCCCUCUAAAAACACAAAUUUUUAUUUGUACGCCGAUGAUAUUGUGCUUUCUCUUCCCAUUUACUGCCACAUCUCAUGUUCUCCCCCCCAGUCUUUUGGCAGUUACUUGUCUCAGUUAAAGACAACAGCUAUUUAUGAACUUCGAUGUAUAAUUAAUUUAUCUCUAGGUUCUGACAGUAUUUUAACAUUGUACUCAUUUCUAGUAUCACUGUAGCGUGGAAGCGUUUGCGUAUAGGCAUAUAGGUGCUACUGUGGAAAUGAAGCAAGUCCAUGUAUUUGGAGAUACCUGGAGAUAAAAAUUGGUGAUUUAACAGCGUGAAAGAAAGCACAGGCCCCAGUACAGCUCAUUCCAGGAUUUUUUAUUUUUUAUUUUUUGGAACAUUUUAUGUGCAAUUUAAGUAGCAAAAACCAACUUUUAGGUUAAGUCUGUUGUGUGAAUAAUUUUCUAUUUCUUCAGAGCACAAUAUAACUGCAUAAUGUGCUUUUACAGACGUUCCUGUGCAGAGGGCCAGCCUCCUCCAGGUUAGCUGUUGUAAAUCCUUUUAAAAGAAAAUUUAAACUAUAUCUGGCAUCUUGAACAUGAGACUUUUGUGAUUCCCCUCCCAACCAUCCCUUGCAUUUUCAGUACCUCACAAAUAUCAAAACUGGAGCUAUGGCAGAAAAGGUUAUCCUGGAAAAAUGGAGCACUGAAAUAAACUUCCUGUCAUCAAAGAUGAA